AUGGCUACCGAUCCAAAAGUGGAAGAAUUGUUUUCUCUACUAGAAAAUGGUCAACUUCGAAGUGCUAACCUUGCAAAACAAGACUUGAUCACUUUGAGAAAUGCGGAUAAUGAAAAUGUUCUCAUAGUUGCAGCCAGAACGGGACAAGCUGAUAUUGUACGGGAUUUCAUCAAUGAUUUCGAUUUAGAGGAUACAGAUGCUGAUGGUUGGACUGCUCUUCUCGACGCAGCCUAUAUGGGACAUGAGGAAAUUAUUAAAAUCCUAUUGGAAGCUGGAGCAGCUGUCAAUUAUUCUGAUAUGCUGGGUUGGAGUCCAUUGAUGUGGGCUGUAUACAAGAAUCAUUAUUCAUGUGCGCAGCUUCUUAUCCAAUUCAAGGCUCACGUUAAUCUUGUUGAUGAAGAAGAUAGCUUAACACCACUUAUUGUUGCCGCUGGACGUGGCUAUGUAACUUUUGUAGAAUUACUUAUUGGUGCUGGUGCAGAGGUAAACGCAUGUGAUAAAUUCGGAAGUACAGCUUUAAUCUGGGCUGCAAGGAGGGGUUACAAAUCUAUAAUCGAAUUACUGCUGAAUGCUGGAGCUGAAUUAGAUGCUGUUGGGAUGUAUGGAUCGACUGCUUUAAUGAUGGCCACGCGGGGUAAUUUCAUUAGUGUUGUUAAGCUGAUACUAUCAAGGGAGCCAAACAUCAACAUUGUCGAUCAGAAUGGCCUUUCACCACUUGCUAUCGCGGCACGUGAAGGUUAUGUAGAAAUUGCAUCGACCUUUAUCCAACUUGGGGCUUGUGUAAAUGUAGUGGACAGGUUUGGAAAUUCAAUUUUGGCGGGUGCUGUACGAUCAGGAAAUGUAGAAAUUGUGAGAAUGCUUCUUGAAAAACAUGCCGAUGUCAAUGCAAGGGAUUCCGAAAAUAGAACAAUUCUUCAUUUGGCUAUCGAUAAGUCAUUUAUGGAUAUUGCAGUUGCUUUAUUGGAAAGGAAGCCAAACUUGGAAAUACGGAAUAAGGACGGUGAUACACCACUAUUACGAGCUGUGAAAAAUCGGCAUGUUGGUUUUUGUCAGUUACUGAUAAAUUCCGGUGCAAAAGUUUCAGCAACAGAUAAUGCCGGUGAUAAUGCAUUACAUGUGGCAUUGCGAGCAAGAUCGCGGAAAAUAACGCAGUCCCUUCUGUUGAAUCCGUCGGAUUCACGUUUAUUAUACAGACCGAACAAACUUGGUCAGACACCAUAUUCAAUUGAUCAGGAAAAUCCGCAGCCUAUUAUCCCCCUAAUUUAUGGACCACUGGAUGCUGAAAUACAAGUGGAUGCUAUGCUUGGUUACGAUAUUUACAGCAAUGUAUUGGCUGAUAUUGUGUGCGAACCGAAUUUAACAUUACCGCUGACUAUCGGGCUAUACGCAAAAUGGGGUUCAGGAAAGUCAGUGCUUCUUAACAAAAUGAAAGAUUCAAUGCGAUCAUUUUCAAGAUCUUGGUUGGAUACAGUACAGCUUUCAUGGUCCUGGUCAUUGGUUUUUUCAGUAGCACUUCUUAUUGCAAUGUUUGCACUUCUCGGCAUCACUGCUGUUGCUGUUUUUCAAAACCCUUAUUAUAUUAUUACUGUUGUUGUCUCUGGCUUGAUUCUAUUCAUUCUAUUUAUGCUUUUUUACGGUUUAAUUUAUUAUGGAAACAGUACUAAAGGAUGGAAUAAAUCCGUAAAUGUUGCGCGUUCGAUUGCGAAAUUUUUGGCACACAUGCGUUUAUUAUUAAAUGUUGCACUACAACAUGGAGCAUCAAUCGGGGACAAAGAUGUUCUUUCCUGCCCUGUGAGUUUCUUAUUUGCUGAUUAUCAUCGUUUGUCGUCAGUUGGUGGUGAGCAGGCUCUAGCAAAAAUCGUUGUUACAUUAUUUGAAGCUGCUGAAAAUCAUUUUGGUUCACUUCCGGUUCGCUUGUUUUGCGCUUUGAGAGUCUUGUUUGCCCAUGGCAACAAACCAAAAACACGACGAGUAUGUGGCGUACCGGUUACUAUGAUGGUGUCAUUGUUUUUGUUCUCAAUUAGUACAGCUUUAAUUUUGCUUUCAUUAUGGCUUUACGGUGGAAUGGAACUUCCGUCUAGCUACUUAUUUGGCUGCGUAUCAUUUUUCGCCAUUGCGGUAGUGCUUAUUUAUUAUCCACUUUAUCUCGUUCUUGUUUAUGGAUUUGUCAAUAUGCCUAAGAAGCGCAUAAAUAUGGUAGCACAGAAAAUCAACAAACUGCGUUUUGAGGGAUUUAUGCAGAAAUUACAACAUCAGGUCAACCUUUUGGCCAACAUGAUUCGCUCAUUUGACUUUUUCACAAACAGCCAAACUCGGUUAAUUGUUGUAGUUGAUGGCCUUGAUAAUUGUGAGCAGGAACGUAUGGUACAAACCUUAGAUGCGCUAGAGCUAUUAUUCUGCAUUCAUGCUGAUCGACCAUUUGUAGUAACUAUUGCUGUUGAUCCACAUAUUAUUAUUUCAGCUGUAAAUCACAGCAUGCAUUCUUCAUUAGUAGGAACUGGGCUUACUGGACAUGAUUAUCUAAAGAACAUCAUUAAUAUGCCAUUCUAUCUACACAAUUCGGCUAUUCGACAACUUCAAAUAAAUUUGCGCAAUAAAAGAGAAAGCUUAGCUGAUUGGAAGGAAAGAUUCAAGCGACAAGAUACUUUCCAUGGAUCUUAUAUAUCUUUACGAGAUGGUUUUGAAGGGAAAUUAUCAAGGAAGGUGACAGUUAUAGGGGCUCGUGGAUUAAGUCAUUCGUUAAUAGCGGAUGACUAUUUCUCUAAUAUGAAUCCAAGGUCAAUGAAACGCAUUGUCAACGCGCUUGCAUUAACAGGGCGAUUGAUGCGUGCGUUUGAAAUUGAAUUUUCGUGGGUUUCACUUGGUUAUUGGGUUAGUCUAAUUGAGCAGUGGCCAUCCAGAAUGUGUUGGCUUAUUGAUCAUGCGUUGGAUAUUUCACAAGAUUCAUAUCCGCUUGUAGAGCUUUACAACCAUCUGAAGCAACAAAUACCGAAGAAGGAUCCACUAAUAGAUCUGGAUCGAAAUCCGGAUAAUUUCGAGUCUUUCUUAGAACAAGCAUGCGUGACUGGUCCGGAGCAAUUGACUGUCGGACACGUCCGCCGUUUUGUCCCGUGUACAUCCAAUUUGGAUCCUUAUCUUAGGAAGCUCAUCAGAGAAUGUCGUAUUGUUACGGCAGAACCGAUUAAACCACUUGUUAGCCGAUCAUCCAAUCUACCUGGUUUAGCAAUCUCCGAUCCUGCUUGGCAUCUUUUUAAAGAUAAGGAUACUUGGCGGAAAAUUGAAGUACCACUUGUUGAAAUGAAGUUGUCAGAUGUAACUAACUUGGUGAAAAAGUUAGAUAUUUCAAGUGAACGAAUAAGUGUUAUUGUUGAAAAAAUGAAUGCAUCCAAUCUUACUGGUCUUGUUUUGUCAGCAUGUGAUUUACCGGAAGUGCAAGAAACUCUUAAGUUAAAUUUGGGUGAUUGGACAUUAUUGAAGUUGCUAAUUGAUACGCUUCGAACUUGGAAGCCAAUAAUACCUUUGGAUACUGCUGAGACUCCUUCCCUAAUAUCACCCAUUGCUGGUUUGGCAGUAUCUACUUCUCCUAGUUCAAUGCAAGAGCAAAAAGAUCGGCUUGCUGCAGAGGCAGAAAUGCAAGGUGAUCACCAUUGGAUACUGGAAAGUCUUUCUGGAAUGGAUAUUGCAGAAGUAAAUGAUGUAUUUCCUGCUUCUUCUGCACCAUCCGUUCAUUUUGAUGAUGGGAUUGCGUCGGAACGGGAUAGCACUGAAAGCGUUUGUGGGUCAUACGAGAAUUUGUUGGAUUCUGAAUCCGCUUUGCAAACCCGAAGUGAGAAUAUGGAUGUAAUGACGAAACGAGCACGAUAUGGCGUCCGAUAUACAAGGGAAGAAUUGGUGAGCGCAAUGCGCAUGGAUUCAGCUCAUUCCGAUGUGAGUCAUACAACGACGCAAAGUCAAUCGGUAUCGCGGACUCAUUUACCGAUUAUACUGGAUGUUUCCGAUAAUCAACAAACAGUAAGAGAAGUGAGCCCCUCUGAACGGCCUCCAGUGCUAGGAUCGAAGUUUCCUAAAAUUUGCCAUUGUUUCACCGGUAAAUUUGGAAAUGAAGACGGCUUAUACGCAUUUACACAGAAGUAUGUUUUAUUUUCGAAUUCAAGUCCGUAUACAUGGAAGUAUAAGGCUUCAAAAUGCUCAGCAGCUUACUGUUGCAACAUUGCUCUUUUUCUCUUUACAUUAUUGUUCACACUGUUCGUUACAUUCAUAACACAGGGUUUUUGGAAAAAAUUCAGUGAAUUUCGAGAGCAAGCAACAGUUUAUUACAAACAACGAUUCGUCAUAUUGCUAAAGGGGGAAAUGCCAGAUAAUUAUUACGUAUGGAGUUCAUAUCCAUUGCUUAAUCAUGCUGAAGAAACACAUGUACGAAUAGCGGUGCUGGAAGAAUACGAAAAUGAUUUCAAUGAUGAUGGAAAACCUGAUCUGAUCGAAUUAAACGUCACUUUUCCUAUCGAAGGAAAGGAUAAAAUCUAUGGAAUUUUUUAUAUGUUUUUGUUUGAGUAUCAACUUAAUCAAAGAUCGCGCUUUUCAAUGGAAACUGCAGUGCUUGAUGAUUUGGAACAUACUACUAUGUCGUCAUCGUUAACAGUUUUUGGUGAUCUUUGGUUGGAUCAAGCGGUUCCACUCUGGAGUAGUGGCCGAGAUCCAAACCGUGGAGGGGCGCUAAUUAAUGAGUCCAGUUUCGACUUAACUCAAUAUAACCCUGCCGCAAUUUUUACACGUAAUUCUUAUAGGAAUUUCACAACAAUUUUGAAAAGAAAGUCAGUUUUAUGGACGCCUGGAAGAACUGGCAAUAAUAAUUUCGUACUACGCCUAUCGAUACGGAUUCUUGAGCAACAACUGUUUUACCGAACAGGUCUUUUGGAACUCUUGAAAUGGGCUUGGAUUCAAUAUUUUGCCUGUUUUGUUAUCGUUCACUAUUUUGUUAACAAAUUACGAAAAUUUUUGUUCGAAAACCAUCUCCUCAGCACGAUCGUUAUCCGACGGAAUCAUUUUGCUGAAGUGGAAUAA